GGCCCCCCCCCCAGAUCCUCCUGGCAAAUUGGGCUGUUAGUUUUCAGGUCAACUGAAUCUUCAAGAAGAGCCAUGGGUGGGGGAAGUUCAACACCAGUCAGCAGUGAACCUGAAGAGAAGUCUGCCAAGGAAGGAGGAAUCCUCUCAGGAAAAACCAUGCUUGACAUUGCCAUCACAGGGGUAUCAGGUACUGGCAAAUCAUCCCUUGUCAAUGCCCUGAGGGGCCUAUCAGAUUUUGAUGAAGGUGCAGCUGAAAUUGGUGUGAAGGAAACAACAACAGAGCCAACUGGUUACCCCCACCCCACCUUUCCAGAUGUCACAAUAUGGGACCUACCAGGAAUUGGGACACGUAAUUUUAAACCCAGGGAAUACGCAAAAAAGGUAAAUUUUAGCCAAUAUGAUUUCUUCAUAAUCGUCACCUCUGUUUGCUUCACUGUCAAUGACAUCCUGCUAUCCCGGGAAAUUCAGAAAAUGAAGAAGCGGUUCUACAUUGUGAGGUCCAAAGUGGACUUCCGCAUUGAGAAUGAAAAACGGCGUCCAGACUUCAGUGAGGAAACAACCCUUCAAAAAGUCAGGAAACAUUGUUUUGAUAAUUUUGGGGAGGCUGGUAUUUCUUCUCCAGAGAUUUUCCUCGUCUCCAUUUUCUAUCUGGAAAAGUACGACUUCCCCCUCCUGCAAAGAAGCUUGGAGAAUGAAAUUGAAGACCUCAAGAUACGUGCCUUAAUAGCAGGAAAGAAGAAAUACGCGAGGUCAACUGCAGCAUGGGGAAUGACUGGAAUUGGUGCUUUCUUCUCAAAACAUGUCUUAGGAAUUGACCUUGCAGAGUUGAGGGAUGCUACAGCACAAAGAAGUCUCAAAGAGGUGGCAGACGAAGCUCGUCAAGAAUGGGGUGCACUGAAAAAUGCCAAGCUCAACAUUGCAAUCACAGGUGCAUCAGGUGUUGGUAAAUCAUCCCUUGUCAACGCGAUGAGGGGCAUGACUGAUUAUGAAGAAGGUGCAGCCCAGACUGGAGUGGUGCAGACAACUAUGGAUGUCCAUGGGUAUCCUCAUCCCUCAUUUCCCAAUGUAACUUUGUGGGACAUACCGGGAAUCAGGACCCCUACAUUUAGACCAGAGGAUUACCUAAAGAGGGUCAACUUUAGCCAAUAUGAUUUCUUCAUCAUUGUUGCCUCAGAACGGUUCCGUGAGAAUGACGUCCUCCUGGCCCAAGAAAUUAAGAAAAUGCAGAAGAAGUACUAUUAUGUGUUUUCCAAGGUGGAUGUCUGUAUGGAUUCCGAGAGAAGGAGACCCAACUUCAGUGAGGACAAAACCCUUGAGAAGAUAAAGAACUAUUGCUGUGAGAAUCUGAGAGAGGCAGGAGAGCCUUCUCCAAGGGUUUUCCUCGUUUCCAGGUGGCACUUGAAUAUGUACGAUUUCCCUCUCUUGCAAGAGACCUUGGAAAUGGAACUAGACGGUCUCAAGAGGCAUGCAUUCAUUCUGGCUUUGCCAGUUUUCUCAAGAGAAAUCCUGGAAAAGAAGAAGGCUGCUAUGGAGGCCCAUAUAUGGAAAGUAGCCCUUGUGUCUUGUGCUAUUGGGGUAGUUCCUGUCCCAGGACUUUCUUUUGCCUGUGAUCUUAGCAUCUUGGUAGGAGCGCUGCUCAUUUUCUACAAGGUCUUUGGGUUGACUGAAGAGUCCCUCCGCAGAGUUGCAAAACAGGUUGGCAAAGAUUAUGAAGUGUUGAAAUCUGCUGUCAAGAAGUCUCCAAUGUCUAGUGAGAUCACUCCGGAAUUUGUAGUGGGUCUCUUGGCCAGGUCAUUGCUGUGUGGGUCCCUGAUGACAUUAGAACUGGUCUUUGAUUUUGUACCAGUGUUGGGCUCUCUGGUUGGAGGGGCUAGUUCCUUUGUCACCACAUUCUACAUGCUGAGGAGCUUCCUGAAGGACAUUGUGGAAGAUGCUGAGAACGUUCGGGCAAAAGCUGCUGAGCCUUGAGCCUUCUGAAACCAGCACCUGAGGAUCCAAGACCCUCAUUCGGGAAAAUGAGUCCCAGGAAUGAAAUGUGUGAAUGAGGGCACAGGAUCAGAGCUUGAGCAUGAAAAAGAUUUGCAUUUCUGUUUGGUUGCUUAUUAUUUUUCUUUUAACCG